AUGGAGACAGGCUCGUCGGUGUCAAAGGGAGUCUUUGCAUAUAAGGGAAAGAAGAAAUCUGUCAACCCAGAAAGAUAUUUCCAAAGAAGUGAGACUGUGAACACUUGGAAGAGAAGACUUGAUAUCUAUCAGAGUUUGUGGGAAAGUAUUGAUACUGAAAUACAGAUUCUACAGUCUGACUUAAAUACAAAGAUAUUUGAUGACCUUCUGAAAUUCACAAAGACAUGCCAGUCCAGUUUUACUUUGUCAAAUCCAGCAGGGCAUUCUCGUACCAAGGAGAUCCCUACAGCUGCUCUUGUAACAGGUGUAAAUACACCAGACCAUGGGGUGAUGUUUGCUACACUUGUCAAUCUGCUUCAAGAGAAAGUUACUCCCCUUGUUGCCAUCCUUCAGUCAAAAGAUUGUAAUAAUGUUAAAAACACACUCUCCAAACUUCUUGGACAAAUUCUGAAGAACCCUCAAUUGUUUAUUGAUGACGAGGAAUCGCCCGAUGUGAGUGAAAAAAAUCUACCCAUAAGCCUGGCCACAUUAGCGGAUUGGUACGAUGAUAAAUAUUCUCCAAACCAUUCCAGUCCUAAGAAGCGUAAAUCUUUGGACGGCGGUAGUAAGGAUCGUCAACCCCUCCCCCCAGUCAUCAUGGUGUUUGAGGAUCUAGAAAGUUUUCAACCACGAAUUUUACAGGAAUUCAUUACUGUCUGCAGUAACUAUGUAAGCCAACUGCCAAUUGUUUUCGUGUUCGGCAUUGCAACAUCAGUGUCAGCUGUCCAUCGCCUCCUGCCGAACGCUGUGUCAUCUACGCUGUGUAUGGAGAAGUUUCAGGCCCCACCAUCUACAGAAUAUCUCAGCCAACUCAUCAGCCAGAUUCUGAUGACCAAAAACUGUCCAUUCCAGCUUGGCUCCAGAGUUUUCAAACUUCUGCUUGAUAUUUUUCUGUACCAUGAUUUUUCUGUCCUUAAUUUUAUUAAAGGACUACAGUUCUCCAUGAUGGAUCACUUCAUGUCAAACCCAAUGAGUCACCUGUGCUGCCCUCUGGAGGAAGUCCAGAACCAAAUAAAAAAGCUGAACAACGAUGAGCUGGAACUCAUUCGUCAGCUUCCUUCUUUCAUGAGACAUGUUGAAAGUUGCUCACUGCCAAGGCAAGCCGAAUUGUUGACAGAUGAUGUAAUACUCAAGAGUGAGGUGUUAAAGCUGUUGACAAGAAUACAUACCUAUCGUGAGGAAUUCUACCCCAUGUUGCGGUGCCUCCAUACCCUUGUGUCUAAACUUCCUAAACAGCCCCUUGGAAAACAGCUUCGAGAAGUGUAUGCUACUGCCCUUGGAUGGAACAUUGAAGAGAAUGAAGAUUACAAAACUUCAUUAGAAUUAUUGAAAUUCAUGUCAAAAGAUGAACUGACAGGUUUGUUGAGGAGUUGUGUGAGUUGUCUUGGGGAUGAACUUCCCUCCAGUCUCAAGGAUGUCCAUACAUCUAUAACCUCUUUGCUGGACAGAUUUGACACACUUCAUGAAGAUGACGAUGGUGAGGAGGAAGCCCCAGAGAACAGUUCUGUGAUCAAGAAAACAGAUCUUCACAGUUUGAAAAAGAGGCUACAAGAGAUGGAAAAGAAGAAAAAGAAAUUAUCACCGUAUGAAAAGUUGAGAUCAGAAUGUGUGGAUUAUUUUGAUGCCUUGUUCAGAAAGUAUGUCGUGAGCCCGAAGACUCUGCCGCUCCAUGAACUGAUGUACUAUGACUUAGCCAGCAAAGUGAGGAGUCACUUAGCUGCUUCACCUCGGUCAGCUGUGCAACUGGCUCUCGGGAGCUCCCACACCUAUCUUCACAACCAGAAGGAUAACGAUAACUCAGGGACUAUCAGCCCUGACAUUCCUGACGUGUGCAUAGCAUACAAACUUCACUUAGAAUGUAGUCAGCUCAUCAACCUUUACGACUGGCUCCAGGCCUUCAUCACGGUGAAGACUUCAAAUGAUGAAGAAAAUGAAGAUGAGAUCAAGAAUCCAGACCCAGUUUUACAGGCUCGAUUCAUAAGAGCUGUGUCUGAACUCCAAUUCCUUGGCUUUGUCAAACCCACAAAGAGGAAGACUGACCACGUGGCUAGACUGACGUGGGGAGGAUGUUGAUGAUACAAGGAGGGAAAACUUUGUACAUA